ACCGGUGUUGAUGAACCCACAGCUGCAUCUGCCGGCUUUCCAGGUGGAGCUGCGUUUCGAAAGGAAUUACACUGGUAUAUACAGGGGUGCGACAAAACUUUCCGUGGUGCUGUCCCGCCUGCUGGCGCCGCAGUUGAUUGAAGCCUACAUUCCUAGCGCGUUCCUGGUGGUUGUCUCAUGGCUCAUCUUCUGGCUUGGUGCGGCCACCGAGCGUGUUGCCCUUUGUGUCACGAUUCUGCUAGCACUGUACAACCAAUCCACCGGAGCACGACAGCUGCUGCCGCCGUCCACGUCAGUGACGGCACUCGACCGCUGGAUGGUGGCCUGCGUGCUCUUCGUGUUCGCCGCUCUCGCCCAGACGGCGCAAGGCAUGUGGACCAAGAGAACGCCGCUUGGGCCGGCAUGCUGCACACCCUUUACCAGAGCCUCCUGGACUUGGGCGGGGAAACGAGGCAUGGCCGUUCGUGCUCUGCGAGGGUUCGCUGCGUCCGGCGGUGUCGCGGCCAACACAGAGAAACAAAGUGGGGACGAUAAUACAUCGUUCACCAGAGCGGACAAGAUAUCGAGAUUCGCAUUUCCCGCCGCAUUUGUUCUCUUCAACAUCAUCUACUGGUCCGUUCUCUACGGUUGAUCGGCACUACAAAAUAGCGAUAUAACGAUGAGUUAACUAUGGGCUAGCUUCUUUUAUCGACGGAACGCGUUUUCGGAGAAGAA